CGGACACGCACAGCGCGAAAACGACUGUCGCUAGAGAGCAUAAUAUCAUCUUUAGAUUACGCUCGGACCGAAUCGAAUUAGUAAGUCUUGCUGUUUUAUCAGCCAAGGUCCAUCUUGGAUCUCGUAGGUUAUAUACUUUAUUGCUAAAAUAGACUGAUAAGAUCGUCCGACGAUUCGUUAAAAAAAAACAGUUAUACAUGUGAUUGAGCGACGCAUAUAGACAAUAGACACGGGUAUAAACAAAGCAAGUGAGGCCAAGAUGCCACAAACUACUGACACAUCUGACUGAGCAGUUCGUGCUAGAAGAUACAGUGUCCGUUUGAUCACUCGAAACUGAAUCGGAUGUAAUAAAUAUCUCAUUUUUUCUUAGUGACUCUUAGAGCAGUGUAUUAUCUCCAAGUGUUCAGCUUGGACCAGUACCCACAAAUCGUUAAAAAAGACGUUACGCAUGUGAUUGAGCGGCCAACACAGAUUCAAACUUUGAGUGUAAAUAAACCAAGUGAAGCCAAGGCCCAAGGCGCCGCGACCCGCUGACUUAGUGACCAGCAGUUCAUUUAGGAUUCAGUCUCCGGUCGAUCGCCCAACGAGUUUGCAAAAAUGGAACACCGACCUCCUCAAAAAAGCGGGACCAAAACUACAGAAAAAAACAUACACCAAGACAUUGAAGUGGAAAGUCAAGAUGAAAAAUAUCUUUCGCAUGAAGAAUUGGAAGAGUACCAGAAAGUACAAGAAGUGCUUCUAAAGUUUUUAAGAGCAAAACAUAAUAAUAAAUUUGAACUUCGGAAAUUCCUCUUGAACAUUAUCAUGAGCUCGUCUAGGCUACUUGUACUUCUAGAAGGUACUGUAAAUCAGGAAACUGGAGAUACUGGGGGAAAAAACUCCAAAGUAAAUCAUCAACAUGCAUCUCAUGACAAUGAGAAAUCUUCAACCAAUCACGAAAUAAUUUCAAAAAAGACAAAAGGGCAUUUCAAACCAAAGCAACAUAAAAAAAAUGAACAAAUACCAAGAGUAAUAACCCAAAGAAUUAGCUGCAAUAACGAUAUUGAUAGAUCGCUUCAAGAAAAUGAUGAUUUUAGGAUGAAUGACAAGGCAUAUGACACUACAAGUUUACAAAACAAUCAAGUAUUGAAAGAUAAUUGCACUCAAAGACUUGUAAAAAAAGAAGAAAUUCAUGAUUCUCCAAUGAACCACAAGAUUGAGAUAGAAUAUUUAUGUCAAAAUGUGAAACCCACCGAAACUUCAUUGGUACCUGAAAAAUUAGAUAUAAAUAUUAAAUGUGAACCCAACAGACAAAACCAAAAAAUUCCUCCACUGAAAUGUAUACUCAAGAGCAAUAAAUCUGAGCAAGCAUGUACAAGAAAGUUGAAAAGGAAAAGUGAUCUUAAAUUUCACUUUGAUGGCAUUACUCACUUGUGUGACAUUUGUGGAAAGAGAUUCACACAGAAGCACAAACUCAAAAUCCAUACGGAAGUAGUGCAUUAUGGUCAAAAACGAUAUCAGUGUGAUUGCAUAAUGGUCAGAAGAGAUCCUACAACUGUAAUUCUUGCGAAAAGGCAUUUGGGCUAA